AGCACGCAGACAUGACCCGAGCCGCAGAGCGAGGCCAAGGGGCUACAGGCUGGGGGCUGCGCGGCGCCCUGGUGGCCAUAGCGCUGCUGUCCGCACUGAACGCCGCGGGCACCGUGUUCGUGCUGUGCCAGUGGCGGGGGUUAAGCGCGGCGCUGCGGGCAUUGGAGGCGCAACGCGGCCGGGAGCAGCGCGAGGACAGCGCCCUACGCGCCUUUCUGGCCGAAUUGAGUCGUGCGCCGGGCCGGGUCCCCGAACCACCCCAGGACCCCAUGAGCGCAGCGCGCAACAAGCGCAGCCACAACGGCGAGCCUGCGUCACACAUCCGCGCCGAGAGCCAGGACAUGAUGAUGAUGAUGACCUACUCCAUGGUGCCGAUUCGAGUGAUGAUAGACCUGUGCAACAGCACCCAGGGCAUCUGUCUUACAGGACCACCGGGCCCACCAGGACCUCCAGGAGCCGGCGGGUUACCAGGCCACAAUGGAUCAGAUGGGCAGCCUGGUCUCCAGGGCCCAAAAGGAGAAAAAGGAGCAGUCGGCAAGAGAGGAAAAAUGGGGUUACCCGGAGCCACAGGAAAUCCAGGGGAAAAGGGAGAAAAGGGAGAUGCUGGUGAACUGGGCCGACCUGGAAAUGAGGGCCCACCAGGGCAGAAAGGUGACAAGGGAGACAAAGGAGAUGUGUCCAAUGACGUGCUUUUGACAGGUGCCAAAGGUGACCAAGGUCCCCCUGGCCCCCCUGGGCCCCCAGGGCCUCCAGGCCCUCCUGGAAGCAGAAGACACAAAGGCUCUCGGCAACCGAAUGUGUUCAACAGCCAGUGUCCAGGGGAGACGUGUGUCAUACCCAAUGAUGAUACCUUGUUGGGAAGAGCUGAUGAGAAAGUAAAUGAGCGCCAUUCUCCACAAACAGAAUCCAUGAUCACUUCCAUCGGCAACCCAGCCCAAGUCCUAAAAGUGAGAGAGACUUUUGGGACCUGGAUAAGAGAGUCUGCGAACAAAAGUGAUGACCGCAUUUGGGUGACUGAACAUUUUUCAGGUAUCAUGGUGAAGGAGUUCAAAGACCUGCCAGCGCUCCUCAAUAGCAGUUUCACCCUCCUCCACCUCCCACAUUAUUUCCACGGCUGUGGGCACGCUGUUUACAACAACUCUCUCUACUACCACAAAGGAGGCUCCAACACCAUCGUGAGAUUUGAAUUUGGGAAAGAGACACCUCAGACUCUGAAGCUUGAAAAUGCUUUGUAUUUUGAUCGAAAAUACCUCUUUGCAAAUUCCAAGACUUACUUCAACAUAGCAGUGGAUGAGAAGGGCCUCUGGAUUAUCUACGCUUCAAGUGUGGACGGCUCAAGCAUCCUUGUGGCACAGCUGGAUGAGAGGACAUUCUCCGUGAUGCAGCACAUCAACACCACAUACCCCAAAUCCAAGGCUGGCAACGCCUUCAUAGCCCGAGGGAUCCUCUAUGUCACAGACACCAAAGACACAAGGAUCACGUUCGCCUUUGAUUUGUUAGGAGGAAAACAGAUCAAUGCAAACUUUGAUUUCAGAAUGUCACAGUCUGUUCUUGCCAUGCUGUCAUACAACAUGAGAGAUCAGCAUUUAUACUCGUGGGAAGAUGGCCAUCUGAUGCUGUAUCCUGUGCAGUUUCUGUCAGCAGCGGCAAGUCAGCGGUAGGCUUGCUGUCUGCUCCCUCACUAUUCUCCACAUUUUCUAGGGUUUGGUCAAGCCCAACAGAAAGCCUAUAAAAGGUACCCAGACACUCGGAGCAUAAGCCAUGGGCUCUUGCACAAGCGGCGAGUCCGCUCUAAGCCAGGUUGUUGAAAUAGCUACAGAUUAGAAAUGGAUGUGGAUGGGAUCUGGUGACCCAGGGUCCCUCCUCAAACUCAGCAAGUUAGCUCUCCCCGAGACCUUAGCAUCCCCAUAGGUAACACGAAACAUCUGAGUAUGACUGACAUUUCCUCUUCCUAGAU